AAAAAGCCAGGGGAGAGCCUCAGUGAUAGAUUGGUGAAAGGGACUCAGAAGUUUGGAGGUAGAUCCUUGAUGAUGUGGGGCUGUAUGGGCUGCGAUGGUGUGGGCAUUCUGGAGGAUGAGCUGCAGAAUAGCCUGCAGGAUUGGGGCAAAACUGUGGAGAAUGUGGUGUUCCAGCAAGACAAUGACCCCAAGCACACCAGCAAGAAGGCCAAG